UGCUGCUCCUACCGAUCGUGACGAGUCAACCAACGCGGGAUUACUGCAAGUACUUGUCCGCGCGCACGUCCUCAUACUUGUUUACUUCUUUGACGGCGCCUAUCUCUCGUGUACACGAACAAGCCUCGGCGGUGAAAUGGCGAAGAAGACGUACGACCUGCUGUUCAAGCUGUUGCUCAUCGGCGACUCCGGUGUCGGCAAAACCUGUAUAUUGUUCCGUUUUUCGGACGAUGCCUUCUCCACCACGUUUAUUUCUACGAUAGGUAUUGAUUUCAAAAUCAAGACAGUGGAAUUGAGAGGCAAGAAAAUCAAAUUACAGAUAUGGGAUACAGCUGGGCAAGAAAGAUUUCACACUAUUACAACAUCAUAUUACAGAGGUGCUAUGGGAAUUAUGCUUGUUUAUGAUAUUACUAAUGAAAAGACAUUUGAGAAUAUUGUAAAAUGGUUGAGAAAUAUCGAUGAACAUGCAAAUGAAGAUGUGGAAAAAAUGAUAUUAGGAAAUAAAAGUGAUAUGGAGGAGAAACGUGUUGUUAGCACAGAAAAGGGAGAGGCAAUAGCGAGAGAACAUGGCAUUAGAUUUAUGGAAACAUCUGCAAAAGCAAAUAUUAAUAUUGAUCGAGCAUUUAGCGAGCUAGCUGAAGCAAUAUUGGACAAAACGCACGGCAAGGAACCACAAGAUGCGCCCGACAGAGUGACAGUUGAUCGAAGGGUAGAAAGAAGUUCGAAUCGGUGCUGCUAAUUUUAUAUAUUAUUUAUUUUAACGGCGCAUAAAACGAACUAUACAUAUAUCAGCUCGUGCCACUUGGGAUAGAGUCCUCGAUAGAUCUUAGUGCAUAAUUUAAAGCAUAAUAUAAACACUUCACGACACUGCCUGAUCAGAUGUAACUCAAUCUCACUUUUUUGUUUUGAUAAAAAAAUACAAAUUUUCUAUGCUUCAAUCGAAAGAUCGGGCUCCAUAGAAAGACAUUCAAAAGAUCCCAAAAACAACGGAUUCUUGAUAGCUAAAAAUUAAGUUUCUCAAUAGUUUCUCUCGCAUAAAACAAUUGCAAUGUCAUUGUGUUUAUAAACUUACAACUCCUAAUUCAUACAUGUGUAUCUAUAACAAACAUAUAGACAAACUAAAGUUUCAGUAGUUCAUAAUGCAAACAUUUACAUAAACCUAUGUAAUUUAUACAAUUAUGUAACUUAUAUAAAUUUGUAUAAUUUUAUUUAUAUAAGUUACAUAAAUAGAUAAGUUUCACUGGAUGAAUCCUCAUGUUUCUACAUGAAAAUAAGAUCGCAUUGUUGUACGAACAAAAAAAACAAAACAACUAGGACGUAUUGUUUGUUAUGAGGCUGCAAUUUGUUACCAAUGUUGAGUGAUGUGAGUAUGAGUGUCAGCUUUUGAUCUUUAUAAUCUUUUUGGAUAUUGAACGCUUUCCUAUGUGGAUAAUCGCACCACACAUGCUUAUGUAUUUGUACGUUAAGUUAAGGUGAGAAAGCUUAAAACUAAAAGCUUCUACCGUUUUGUGUACGGCCGAUUUACUAUAAAUAUAAAUAUUCACAA